CCACAUCCGCCCCUGCUGGGUUCAGCCUGACAGGUCAGUGCGCAUGCGCAGAGCCGGGUGUCCGGUGUCAAACCGAGCAGCUGUUGAGUUCGUUCAGGGCAGAACCGAACCAGCACGUGCUGCACAGCCUCUUUAACGGAGCGGACCCCGUCCCAAAGCCGAAACAGAACCGGGAUCCAGCCGGUACAGACACCCGGAGUCCGAUCCGGAACCAGCAGGAGAGCUAACGGAGCUAACGGAGCCGAACCGUCUGCUGACCGACAGGCCGCGGUCCGGUCCCGUCCGGACCAUCUCCGCGUUUCAGACCCUGCUUCUGCUGCUGCUCGGAAAGGUUCUGCCUGAGAACCGGUUCGGCUGGAAGACAGGAACCGGACAUGCUGAUAGCGGCUGUCGGAAGCUCCGCCCCCACAGGGAAGAAACGACGGCGAGGCAAGAAACACCGGAGAGUCCGAGCUGACGACAGCCGGCCUGAAGAGGGCAGUGAUUUUCUGAAGACUGAUGGUACUCCCCUCCAAAUACCAUUACAGCAUGACACCCAAAAAGACCAGCUCCCCCCAGAAGGUCCUACAAACAGCACCGAUGGGGAAGGUCCAGAGGCUCCAGAGUCUGGCACACUCUCCCCCGAGAGAUCCAUCCAGACACCCUGCCUUCAAGGUCCCCAGCAGUCCCUAACGUCCCAGAUUCCAAACCAGUCAACCCAAUCACCUGUUCCCCAGAGCCCCCACCACAUAAACCAGUCACCCCAUUCCCAGAGCCCCCAUCAUAGAGCCCAGUCACCACUUCCUGAAAGUCCCCACCAGACCACCCAGUCACCUGUUCCCCAGAGUCCCCAUCAUUCACCUGGACCCCAGAACUCCAACCAGAACACCCAGUCAAAGCGUUCCCAGUGUCCUCAACAUUUACCGCAUUCCCAGAGCCCCCACCAGAACACCCAGUCACCUGGCCCCCAGAGUCCCCAGCAUUCAGCACAGUCACCAAGUUCCCACAGUCCAAACCAGAUUACUCAACCACUUCCUCGUCAGAGCCCCCACCAGAUAAUCCAGGCACUGCAUCCCCAGAACAUAAACCAGAUAGCAAUAUUCACUCCAGAACCUGUAGAAACUAUAAUACCCACUGAGAUUACUCUCAACAACUCCCAGUGCCCUAGCCAAUCAUCUUCUGCUGCAUUAGAAAGCUUUGGCCAAAGUCUCAACAAGUCACCACCAGAUGUUAACAUUACCCAGAAUGCCUCAGCACACGGUUUUACUGAGUUCUUCCAACCACCCCCAACCUCACCUCAAGGCGUUACCUCUGAGACGUCUGCAGUAUUUGCACAAAACCCUGUUAAAGUUCCUCCCACUAGUAUGUUAAGCCCCACCCACUCCGACCCCUUCCUCCUGACCUCGAUGACCUUUACUUCCAGUACCUCCUCCCACCCUCUGUGCUCCUCCUCUCUCCUCUGCUCUCUGGAUUCUCCAUUCAGCUUCCCUCCCAUGACAUCAUCUGCCCCAUCUCAUCUGGCUAUGCCCCCUCCACAUCAGACCCCGCCUCCUGUUGAGUUAACACUGCCCCCAGCCCAGUUGCUUGGCUCUGAUGAUGAAGAGCAGGAAGACCCUUCAGAUUAUUGUAAAGGUGGUUACUACCCAGUAAAGAUCGGAGACCUGUUCAACGGCCGCUACCAUGUGGUCAGGAAACUGGGCUGGGGACACUUUUCCACAGUGUGGCUCUGCUGGGACCUGCAGAAGAAGCGCUUUGUGGCCAUGAAGGUGGUGAAGAGCGCUCCUCAUUACACCGAGACGGCUCUGGAUGAAAUCAAACUGCUGCGAUGUGUGAGGGACAGCGACCCCUCCGACUCGUACAGAGAAACCAUCGUCCAGCUCAUUGAUGACUUCAAGAUCUCUGGAAUCAAUGGAGUUCAUGUCUGUAUGGUUCUGGAGGUUCUGGGUCAUCAGUUAUUAAAAUGGAUCAUUAAAUCAAACUAUAUGGGACUUCCUCUGGUCUGUGUCAAGACCAUCAUCCGACAGGUGCUGCAGGGACUCGACUACCUUCACACCAAGUGUAAGAUUAUUCACACGGACAUCAAGCCGGAGAACAUCCUCCUAGUUGUUGACGACGUCUACGUCAGAAGAUUGGCGGCUGAGGCCACCAUCUGGCAGAGAGCCGGAGCCCCGCCCCCUUCAGGGUCAUCAGUUAGCACGGCUCCCAGGGAUGAAGAGAUGGGGAAGUUGUCAAAAAACAAGAAGAAAAAGUUGAAAAGGAAGGCAAAGCGUCAACACAAGCUCCUAGAGGAAAGGCUCAUGGAUAUACAGAGGAUGGAUGAGGAGGAAAGUCUACAACAGCCUGACGAUGCCGAGCCGACCUGUUCUGUGGUCGCCAACGGCAACACUUUCUGCUCCACAGCCAAUCACAAGCCAAGCCCAGAGUCCAGCAGCUCCUGGUUGGACGACAGGUUCAGUGACCCCGCCCCCGGACGCUUCUCCAGCCCCGCCUCCGGCCUAUCAGGGCUCUCCAGCUCAGUGAUGUCAGCGACCUCCGAGUCGGCGCUCUCCACCCAGUCGGGAUGCUCCAGCGGACGAGACGGAUUCAGUUCGUCAGACUUCGUCCUGAACCCUCUGGACCCGCAGAACGCCGACCGGCUCCGAGUGAAGAUCGCCGACCUGGGGAACGCCUGCUGGGUGCACAAACACUUCACCGAGGACAUCCAGACCAGGCAGUACCGGGCCCUAGAGGUUCUGAUCGGAGCGGAGUACGGGCCUCCAGCGGACAUCUGGAGCACCGCCUGCAUGGCGUUCGAGCUCGCCACCGGGGAUUACCUGUUCGAGCCGCAUUCAGGAGAAGAUUACACCAGAGACGAAGAUCACAUCGCCCACAUCAUGGAGCUGCUGGGUCCGCUGCCGCUGCCCUUCGCGUUGUCUGGCAGGUAUUCCAGGGAAUACUUCACCAGGAGAGGUGAGACAGGUCCACUGGGCUCUCUGAUUGGCUCUCUGAUUGGCUCUCUGAUUGGCUGUUUCUCUCGACGUACCUGUCCAGGUGAGCUGCGGCACAUCUCCAACCUGAAGCCGUGGGGUCUGUUUGAGGUUCUGCUGGAGAAGUACGAGUGGCCGCUGGACCAGGCGGCGCAGUUCAGUGACUUCCUGCUCACCAUGCUGGAGAUGGAGCCGGAGCGCCGCGCCACGGCGGCGCAGUGCCUGCAGCACGCCUGGCUGCACACAUAACACACACCUGCACACACACCUGUCUCACUGUGACUCGCUGACCCGUGUGGUUGGAGACGCCUCUGCUGAUUGGCCGACUGGUCGGUGGGCGGGGCCGAUGAACGGUUUAGCCCCGCCUCCCCUCUGAAGCUGACCGCCAGUCACACCUGAGGAAGCCUCACCUGUCUGAACUGAGCUGAGGUCCAGCUGGUCGAUGCUCAGAGAUGACCUUUGACCUGGGCAGGUGAAACCAUUCAGAUGUUUAGUCCCAGAUUAACAGCUGCUGAUCACCUGGACAGGUGAACUGUCAGAGCUGACUCCAGAAAUCACUUCAGUGCUGCUGUACCUCACUUCCUGUUAGAUUUCCUGUCCACUUCCUGUUUUUCCACCUGACUUCCUGUCUUCCUUUCAUACUCACUUCCUGUUCCUCACUGUUUUCCUGUCUGAUUUCUGAUCAGAUUUUUGAGUCGAUCUGAUUUAUGAAGCCAUUCUGUUGCUUCAUUGAUCGAUCAUCGACCGAUCGAUUGACUAUCCAUCUGGCGAUCACCUGAUCGGCCGUCAGUCGAUCAACCUGUGUGAGUUUCUGGUGCUGAACUUCCACAGAUCAGCUGAAAUCUGUUUUUCCUGAAUUUUAAUUGUUUUUAUUAAUCUGUCACUUCCUGCUUAUUGAUUAUCGAUCAGUAGAUAACGAGCUUCCACCUGUUCUGAUGACGUUAGUGCCUUGAAACAGCCCCGCCCCCUGCAGUGACAUCACUGAUGAUGUCAGGGGCAUUUUCUACCUGUUUUUGUGUGAAUCUCACCUGGUCAGGUGUUCUCUGGUUUCAGAAUAAAAGCCGACUCAGUUCUGGGUUUACUGGGUUUACUGGGCUGAAUCGGAACCGUUUGGACCUGGUGGUGUAGAACCGCUCGGUUCUCUGGGUUCUGGAGGGAAACCUGCAGCGGAUCUGUUCGUUUGGUUGUAAUUUAACAUGUUUCUGUGCUUUAAUUAAACCUUUUCUUAUCAG